CAAAGCGGGACAAUAUGGUCAAUUCUCUUACGAGUUGUUCGAAGAAUUUCAAGUACUUUACAGUGUUGAAGCAGAAGUUUCAACAUUGGAUAAUGUGUACAAACAUAUCGAAACGAAAUAUAGGCUCGUGAAACAACAACAAGAAGUAAUUAUUGAUAAAAUAUUAGAAGGUAAAGUUAGCGAUUCCGAAGAAGCGGAAAAGAUUCUCGAAAGUAAUAAGAAAAUUGGUACUCAAGUAAAGACUCACUAUUUAAAUUGUACUAAAAGUUUCGCUGAAUAUCAAAAGAAGUGCUCUUUAAAUAAAUCAUCAGAACAUAAGUCAGACAGUAUCCAGGCUAUGACAUUUGCCGUGACUAAAAUGGCAGAGGCACUUACUUCAACAAAAACCGAUAAGACAAGUUCAUUAGAAAAACUCUCAGUCCCGGUAUGGGACGGGAAACGAAAAUCGUAUUUGACAUGGAAUGUUAUGCGUUAUGCUAUUAAAAUUAUGGGCUUUGCAAAUGACAUGGAAGAAAACGGGUGCUCGGUAGCAGAUUCAAACGAAUCUCCAUUUAUUAUGUCACAAUUACUGUCUAAAUUGGAGUCAAGAGAUAACGCUGACUUCGGACGUGAUAUAUGA